AUGGCCAGCGUGCAAGAGCCUAUUCUCCCGGAAAGCCAUGCGCUGCCCACAGAUGGCCCAGUUGAGCCCAUUUCAAAGUCUGCCGAUGCAACGGAGGCCGAACUGAGCGAAUCCACGGCCACUUUGGUUGAGCCCGACUCCACACAACAAUCCAACGAUGCAACCCAACCAGAGGUCCCAAUGACCGCCGCCGAAAAGAAGAAGGCCAAGAAGGCUAGGAAGAAGCAGCAAAAGAGACAGGAGAGUAUUAGCUCCCUGGCUGUGGAAGCUGAAAAGACUUCCGAAACUCCAAAGGAUACUGCCACUACUGAGACUAAAACUGCAGAGCCUGCAGUUGAGGAAUCAGCAGUCGAGGCUCCCAAGGAAGCGGAAUCCGCUGCCGAGCCAGUAGUUGAGGAAAAAACUGCAAUUGAACCAACGGAAGAAUCUCAGUCUGCUGAGAAGGCGGUCGAUACUACCGAAGCGCCAGUGCUUGAGGAAAAGCCUGUCGCUGAAGCUACCCCCGAGGUUGCUGAGAAGGUUGCCGAGGAGAAGCCUGCAGCUGAAUCGACCACUGCUGAAUCCGAACCUGCCGAAAAGGUCGACGAGCCCGCCACAGAAGAAUCGAAGACUGCUGAGGUCGUUCCGGAAACCGUCGCAGAGCCUAUCGAAGAAUCCAAGGCCGUGGAAGAGGCCAAGCCCACCAAGGAAGAGCCCCAGACCGCCGAGGCCGUUCCUGAAGUCCCUGCGGAGCCGAUCACCGAAGAGACACCUGCUGCGGAAGAUAUCAAGACCGUCGAGGAGGUAGCUAAGCCCAUUGAGGAGAAGCCUGUCGAAGAAAAGGCUACCGAGGUUGUCCCCGAAACUGCCGCUGAGCCUGCCGUCGAGCAGCCUGCUGCUGAAGCCGUGGAAGAACCCAAGGCCGCGGAGGACAUCGCUGAGCCCGCCAAGGAAGAGUCAGGACACGCCAAGUCCUUUGCGGAAGCUGUCGCUGAACCGGUCGAGGAGACCCCCGCCGAAGCUGCCGUGGAAGAAUCCAAGACUGCCGAGGUUACCCCUGAGGCUGUUGUGGAAGAGAAGGCCACCGAGGCCGUUCCUGAACCCACCGAACCCGCCGUGCAGGAGACACCCGCUGCUGAACCAACCGUGGAAGAAAAGACCGUGGAAGCUGUUCCUGAGAUCGCCCAGGUGGCGCCCGCCGUUGAAGAAUCCAAGGCUACGGAGGAGGUUGCCGAGCCCACCCCCGCUGAAGCUGCUAAGGAAGAAAAAGCCACCGAGGCUGUCGCAGAGCCUAUCGAAGAGACCCCGGCCGUGACAAAGUCCAAGACCGAAGAGGCUGUUCCCGAAAUCGCCAAGGAAACGCCCACCGAAGAACCCAAGCCUGAGGUUGCAGAGCCAAUCGCCGAGGAGAAGCCGAUCACCGAAGAAAGUCCUGUUGAGGCCGCUCCUGAAGCUCUCGCAGAGUCUAUCGAAGACACUCCCGCCGUGGAAGAAUCUAAGACCGAGGAAGUUGCUGAGCCCGCCACCAAGGAAAAGGCUGUCGAGGCUGUAUCAGAAACCCCUGCCACCGAAGCUGUUCAGGAAUCGAAGCCUGUCGAGGCUGUCUCGAAAACUGUCCCAGAGCCUGCUGUUGAGGAGACUUCUGCUGUGGAAGAAUCAAAGGCCGAGGAUGCUAAGCCUGCCACCGAAGAGAAGGUCGACGAAACCGUUUCUGAAACUCCCGCUGUCGAAGAAGUUAAGGCCGCUGAAGUUGCUGAACCUACUACUGAGGAAAAAGCCGUGGAGGUCACUCCUGAACCCGUCGCAGAGCCUAUCGUCGAAGAAGCCCCCGCCGCUGCAGCUGCUGUGGGAGAAUCAAACCCUAUUGAGGCUGCCUCUGAAACCGCCCAGGAAACUCCCGCAAUUGAGGAAUCCAAGGCCGAAGAGGUUGCUAAGCCCGCUGCUGAAGAAAAGGUCGAACCUGUUUCUGAGACGCCCGCAGUUGAGGAGGCUGCCGCACCUAUCACCGAGGAAAAGCCUAUUGAGCCCGCCACUGAAGAGUCUGAGCCUGCCAAGUCCUUUGCUGAAGCGGUCGCUGAGCCAGUUGUCGAGGAGACUCCCGCCGCUGAAGCUCUGGUGGAAGAAUCUAAGCCUGUUGAUGCUGCUCCUGAAACUGCCCAGGAGACUCCCGUAGUCGAGGAAUCCAAGGCUGAGGAGGUCGCUAAGCCCGCUGCUGAAGAAAACGUCGAGCCUGUCUCUGAGACUCCUGCCGUCGAGGAAUCCAAGGUUGAAGAGGCUGCUAAGCCUGCUGUUGAAGAAAAGGUCGAGGCUGUUUCUGAGACACCCGCAGUUGAGGAGGCUGCCGCGCCUAUCACCGAGCAAAAGCCUAUUGAGCCCGCCACUGAAGAGCCUGAGCCUGCCAAGUCCUUUGCUGAAGCGGUCGCUGAGCCAGUUGUCGAGGAGACGCCCGCCGUUGAAGAAUUCAAGACUGUCGAGGCUGUUCCUGAACCUGUCAAGGAUACCCCCGCCACCGAAACAGCUGUGGAAGAGUCCAAGCCUGUUGAGGAGCCAGUGACCGAGCCGGCUGUCCAGGAACCCGCUGUUGAGGCAGAGGCUGCUCCAGAGAUCACUCCAGAGGCAACUGCUGUGGAACCAACUGUUGAGGUUCCCGAGCCUAAGGAGGAGGUCAUUCCUGAGCCCACCAAAGUGGUGGCUGAGGAGGCUCCUGUUGCGCAGCCCGCCACUCAAGAACCGACUGCUGAACCUGCCAAGGAGACCAAGGCUGUCGAGCCCGUUCCGGAGAAGACCGUUGAUGCUGCCGAGGAGGCUGUCGUCGAGGAGACUACCAAGGCCGCUGCUACGGAGACUACCACCGCCGAGCCCGCCGCCGAAGCAGUUGAAGAGCCUGCUGCCGCGGUCGCCGAGGAUGCUACCACUGAGCAGGCCGAGGAGGCUACCAAGGUCGAGUCUGUCGAAGAGCCCACCGAGAAGGUAAAGGCAGACGAACCAGUUGUAGAGGAGCCUGUGGCUGAAACUACCAAGGACUUGACCCCCGAAGAGUCCCCCGCUGUUCCCGAAGCCGCUGAAGCUGCUGCUGUUGAGACUGCCUCUAUUCCCGAGGAGGCUGCUGCCGCCGCUGCCAUCCCCGAAGAAACUCCCACCGUUCCUGAGACCACUAAAGCUGCCGCCAGCGAGACUGCCGCCAUUCCCGAGGCUGCUGCUGCUGCUGCCAUUACUGAGAAGUCUCCUUCUGUCCCAGAGGCUGCCGCCGCCAUCGUCGAGGAAAACGCUACCUCUACUGAGUCUGUGCAAGAAUCAGUGCAGGAGGCUAUUCCUGCUGAGACUGCCAAGGAAGUCGCUGUUGAGGAGCCAGAAGCUAUUAAGGCCGAGGAGGUCACUGAGAAGACUCCCGAAGAGCCUGUCGCUGAGAAGGCCGUCGAGGAGUCCGUUACCGAGACCGCCACCCCAGAGCCGGCAGUCAAGGAUACUCCCGCUGCCGAGGAGACUCUUGUUGAAGAGUCUGCUAAGGAAGUUGCCGUCGAGGAGCCCAUCAAGCCUUCCACCGAGGCUCCUGCUGUUGAGGUCGAGGAGAAGCAGCCCGAAAAUGAGGCUGUUGCUGAGCCAGUUGUCCCUGAACAAACUGAGACUGCUGCCCCUGUUGAAGAACCUGUUUCCCAGGAUGCUAAGCCUGUUGCCACUGAAGAGAAGGUUGUGGAUGAGCCAGUCGCCGUGGCAGAGACUGUUGAAGCUGCUGCUACCCCUGAGCCUGUGGCUGAAACUGAGGCUAAGGCUGAGCCCAUUAUUGCCGAGCCCGCUGUUGCUGAAGCUUCUGCUGUCGAGGAAAAGGCUAUCGAUGAGCCUGCUGCUGCUAUUGAGACUGCUGCCGAGCCCACUGCUGAGCCUGUUUCUGAACAGACUUCUGAGGUGGCCCCCGUUGUCGAAGAGCCUGCUACUAAGGCAGUAGCUACCGAGAAGGCUGAGGAUGUUACUGAGCCCGCAGUCGUCGAGCCCACCGCCCAAGCUACUGAGGUUGCUGAGGCCCCAGCUGUGGAGGAGAAGAUUGCCUCCGAGCCUGUGAAGGUCGAGGAGCCCGUUGAAGCUGCUUCUCCCGAGGAGAAGGUCCCCGAGGCAGCUCCAGUGGAGGAAUCUACUACCAAAGAGCUCGAGCCCGAAACAACCGUUGCGAAGGAAGUUGCAACUGAGCAGCCUGCCGUCGUUGCUGAAGAGGCUGCCACUCAGGAGCCAGUGACCACUGAACCCGAAGUGCCCGCUGUUGAUGAGCCUGUCGUCGAAAAGCCCGCACAGGAGGAUGUCAAGGUCGAGUCCGCCGAAGCCGAAGUUGUGGCUGAGACAUCCGACGUGAAGGAGCAGAUCCAGCCCUCUACCGCUGACAUUGAAGCCUCGGCACCAUCCGAGCCCGAAGCUAAGCCGGAAGAGGCCGCUGCUCCUGUUUCUGAGGAAGCUUCCAAGGAUACUGGCAUCAGCACUGAAAUAAUCGGUGCUGGCGCUGCCGCUGCCGCCCUUGCUGGUGCUGGCGUGGCCGCUCUUGCUCACAAGGCGUCUGAGAGUGCUCUAGAGACCUCGAAAGAUCAGAAGGAUCUACAAGCGACCGAUGCAGACAAGGGACCCGUUACUAAGGCUGAGACCCAGCCCCAGAUUUCGGCCCCAGAUGCACAACACACCGACGGUAAGCCAACACCGUUCUAUCAUUCAUCCCAACCGUCUGCCAUAUCGUUCGAAACUGAUCCCAUCCUUGCAGCUCUCGCUGGCGACCGCGACGCCCUCCUCAGCAAGCUCAACCAGCCUUCCGCAGAGCAAUUGUCCACGCCCACCCAGAAGCCGUCUGCCGCAACAGUCGAGAAUGUUACCGAGUCCGAGCCUGCCACCGAGGCCAACAAGGGAACCGCCGAACCCGCUGCCAAGCUUGCUGACGAUGAUACUCUUGCUCCCAAGAACAACGAUGAAGAUGCUCGUCCAGCGAGCAGCCAGAACCGGUCAGUGACUGCUGUUUCUCUCAAUGGUGCACCUGACAGCUGGCUCAAAGCGAUCCUGCGCACUGUCUUUGUGAACUUCUUUGGGGCUAUCUUUUCACCUUUCCGCCGUGGAAAAUCCUCAAAUUAG